GCCGUCAUAAACAUCAACACAACGGACAAAAAUCUCAUCGCAGUGAUUUACUCGUGUGAAUUAUUACAGUGUCUUCGCAGUCCGUAUUCGAUCCGAACUAACAACACUGACAUUUCAGUCUUAUAUGUGACUCGGUUCUGAACCUUAUACAUUUUUGUGUCAAUUUAUUUCGGCCAAAUAGCAAUGAUGCAAAGGCACGCCGUUGUUUUCACACUGAUUAUCAUGCUUGCGAGUUUUUCGCGUCUCUCGCUUGCCGCUCAGAACGAAUACACUCAGCUGUUUGGCAAAUGUGCCGAAGAAAAGAAUACCUUCGACUGUCUCAAACGGAAGGCACUUAAUAUUCUCGAUUCUGCAGUGAAGGAAGACUCAGUUUACACUUUGAAUGAUUUGAUCUCGAUAAAGAGGGAUCCAAAGUUCGUCGUGAUAUCGGAUGACUCGCGAAGCUUAGAGAACGACACGCUGGACGAUCAGCUUGAGAGGAAAUUUUACGAGUACCUUUCCUCGCGAAGCAUUCAGUUCACUAUUCCCGGAAACAUAAUCGAAGGUCGUAAGAAGAAGGACAAAUAUGGUGGUAUGCUCAUGAUGGGUGGACUGGCAAUGGCUGGUAUGAUGGCGCAGCUGGCAAUGGGCAAGAUCGCAUUUCUUGCGGGAACCGCACUUUUGACGGCAAAAAUCGCCCUUGUAAUCAGCGCCAUAAUUGGCCUGAAAAAGUUGGCCAGCGGCGGAGGCGGCGGACACGAAGUUAUCUACGCAACAGCUACGGAACACCAUGGAGGUGGGGGUGGAGGUGGUGGAUCCUAUGGCGGGGGCUGGCAACGAUCCUUUGGAGGACCCAAUCUGACCGGAAACAGCGCUGUGUACCCAGUGUACACGGGUGCGGUAAACGACGGACAUGAUUUGGCCUACAGUGGCCAAAGGUCUCAGAGUUGAAGUAACUCUAAAUCCGUGUAGUAUGUACGACGAUACAUCUUCGUUUACAUUUUUGACGAACGUACAGCAGGAAUAAUGCAUAAUGUUAGUGGAAAGCAAGGCUAUAGUUUCGAUGAAAUACGAAACGUUCUAUUGCUAAGUGAUAUACGUAGAUUAUAAGCGGUAAACUGUUACGCCUAAUUUAAUAUUUAUUAUUUUAGUAAUUUAUUUCUAUGGGUGCAGAUGUCAAGUUUUGUAUGUUCACGUCUGUUUGAGUGACCUGAAAAUCAUUCGUUUGAAAUCCUAGAUUACACUAUUCUGAAUCAAGUGGAUUCUCAUGUCCUCUGUUUUAUCAAGUCGCGCGCGGUCUUUGUUUCAUAAAGUGUUUUAAUACGUAUAAACAUAAUGGCCUUAAAUCACAUCAUUUCUCUCAUUUCGCUAAACAGUUCGUUGGGUAUAAUCAGCGUCAGUGAUGAAAGUGGUUAUUUGAUGUGGCCAAGGUUUUUUAUAGCUUUAACUAAAUUGCGCGACACUACAAAACGUACUACUUUCUUGGAUGAUCUCGUAUUCUGGAAAGCACUGUGCAGUAAUUUGUAAUAAAAUUGGUGUAUAGUACCUUUUAAUACAUUCCGAUACACUGAAAACUUAUGUAUUAUAUAAAAAUGUAAUGGUUACUGGCAGCUAUUGAACAAUAAACUCUGUGAAAU